GCUGAUGGUUCAAGUGUCAUUCGCCCCGACGUUGAAGACUUCAAACUUGUUUUCCCAGAUCGUGUUCAGUUAAAAAGGAUUAUAUUUUUGAAUUCAGUGAAGUUUUUAAGUUAAAAUAGUGUAGUUUCUCCCUUCCGGAGACCGUUUCCGGUGGAACACAGUGCCGUGGGCAAUGUGGCACAGAACACAGCCACUAAACAUGGCGGCAUCCUAGCGAAAGAGAGUGUGGAAAUCGGUUCCGAAAGAGCAGAUGAUAAACUCAUUAACAUAAAACAAUAACAAGUGAAAACAGCAACGCAAAAUUCACACACGCAAGCAAACACAGGCAGUCAGAGCUGCUGGCAGAGAGUCGUGUGGUAAUAAUUUAGUGCUUGAAACUUACAUCCCCUUUCCUCGCCCCACGUGUCCCCACAAUAACUUCCCUGGUCCCACUGCCAAAGCAAGUGAAGUGAGUGAGUGAGUGAGUGUGACUAACACAGCAGUAGUGUGUGACCGCAAAUUAACCCACCACCAAAGCAUGAUGGCGGAUACUAACGGCAGUGGCGUUUCCUCCGGAACGGCCGGCACCGAGGUGAUCCCCCAGUGGAAGAAGGAGCUGAUCCAGCGCCGGAAGAAUCUUGCCAAAACGAUCGGUGCCGCUGCCACGCAGGUACAUGACAGCACCUCGACAGUGACAGCCGCUCUCACGACACCAACCACACCGAGGGCUGGACCCGGCGGUGUUCCCUUCGGCAUCGGCGGCAGUCAGAAAGAUCCAUCGGUAGAGGCACCGUCAAUUGCAGAAUGUACAUCAACACCACCAGCAUCGACAGUCGAGUCCCCUGCUAGUCCUACUCCUUCCAUAGAGCUCAGUAGUAAUAAUAGUGAUUCACCUGCUUCACCUACAGCCACCGUCACCUCGCCGACGCUGUUUGGUGCCCCGGUGUUCGUAGGUCAUUCGCAUUCGUCACUAGUGAAUGAACAGCCGCAAGUGUUGGUGAAGUCAUUCGGCGGUACCACCAACACAACACCGAUCGGUGCCACUCGAGGUACAACCGAAGUGCUGCUUGUCGGUGGAACGUCAGCAGAGAAACAACCGUUGCACACUCAGUCACAUUCCAAUGACGGUACGGAGAGCACCAGCGCCAGCAAUAGUGCCAACAGUCGAUCAAACUAUCUUCCCAGCAGUGCGUUGUUGAGUGGUUCGCCCAAAGGAGGUGGCGGCGGUGCUCCAGCAAACAGUGGUCCAGCGGGAAAGUAUGCCGUGGUCGGUGGUAUUAGUGCUAGUGCUAGUAGUGUUGACUGUGAGCUAACGCGACCAGCAGCCCCGGGGGAAACCAACAGUUAUAGCAGUAGUGAGAUCGGUUGGAAAUUAAAGAAAAACACUUCAAGUGCUUCUUCUUCUGUUAGCCCCAACAGCGGUAGCACCAAAAUGGUUGCAGCUAGUGCUGAAGAGAUUAUUUACGAGAAGAAUCGAUUCGUUGGUGCCGGGGCUGUCGAAACCACCGGUGCCACGGUGGUAGACGUGGACACUUCAGAAGAGUUAAAAUAUGGACCAGGAAUAGUGUCGAAGUUACGCUGCCGGUAUUUGAGUCUUGCACUGAGGCAAUCGGCCAACAAGCAGCGACCCUCACUGAAUAGCAUGCGCCGCGCGACCAGUCUGAAUAAUUUGCUCGACGAGGAAAGUGAAGAUUUGAGCGAACGGGAGCAUUCGAUUGAUGGGAAGGAUCAAUCGCAGGAUAAAUAUUACCAGCAGGGAAAAUUUGGUCGCGAACAGCAGCAAAACCAGAUGAACCUGCAGCAGAAAGCAAAAACUCCCGACGAGUACAUUUCGACGCGCGUGCAGAACAGUUAUACGCGAAGUGGCCGACAGACGGAGAAGAAGAACGAGUACAAUCGUUAUAACAAACAGCGUGGUGCGGAUUCGUUAAAACGUGCCCGAUCAGUUGAGGCGCUGGUGCGCUACGAUCACAAGGCCUGGGAGCGCGAUAUACAGAAGGAGAAUCUGUACAGUUGCAACGACAGCAAUGUGAUCAUACUGGAUGAGAUUUGCACCAACGGGACACCCACCGCCAACGGUAACGGUAACAACAUCAACAACUGUCAACUGGCGGCGAUGAACAAGGCUGACCUGAUAGUGGACUGUGUUACGAUCGAGGAAAAGAUCAUCAACGGCCGAGAGAAAGGUGACCCGAAACCGAAGCGGUUGACCUCAUUCAUCGAUGCGGAUGAACGUCCCCCGCCAGACGUGGUGCGGCAGACCAUGAAAAUUUUCGAAGCGAACGCCAACCGAAGAGGUCGACCCGUUGCCAGGACUAACGGAGCUGCCGGUGAAGUUGCUGCCAAAGUGGCCAGCUAUAAAUCGAUUAUUUCCCACGAGAAACCACCAAUCACCCAUCCGAAGCCGCCACUUAGUCCGAAAAAGCCAAAUAUCAUACCACGAAACACUAGUCCCAAGUCGAAUGGAAACACCGGCAACACUGCCAACGGUUUGAAGGAGAAACCAAAUCUGCCGAAGUUGGACAUCAAUGCAAUUCGCUACAAUCUAGAAACCACAAACAAUCUAAAGAACUCGGCUACGUCGCCCGUACAGACGCCUCCGUUCGCGGCCGGUUCGAACCCAAACAACAAUACAACCACACCGCUAUCAGUGCGAGUAGAACCGACAGCAGCUUACCGUCUUAAGUAUGACUCACCCGUCUUAUCGCCUAACGCUGUUCAACACAAUAAUAAAAUCGGUGCGGCGACAACGACAACGACAAACGCGACAAACCGACCGGAGAGUCCUCGCUUCUCAGCUGCCAGCUGCGGUGCUGUCUCGGGAAAUAUGCAAAAUAACACAACCAGUACUGCUCACACAUUCGUCGACUCACCAUCGAUUCAGGCACUUACGAGCAAACUGAACAAUCUAAACAUCGCGACCUCAACCCCGACCAGCACCCGCUCGCCAACGCCGUCAGAUACCGCCGUUUCAAACGUAGCAGCAGGAGCACCGCCCCAGGUCCCGCCGCGUAACAUUCUUCAGUACGCUACAAGCGAUGAGGAAGAUCCGGACGACCCGGAGGAUCUACAGCGUGAGUAUUCGAUAAACAGUGAUCACGGUAGCGACAGCCAGUCGGAUGACCUCGAACCGGACGACGAACCGAACCAAAUAAAGAAGGUUUCCCGUUCCACGAUGGAGAACAUUUCCAAAGCCGGCGUUACGACGCAAUUCCGAUUCAACGGUCAGUCGCAGAACAAAUCGCAUCUCCCCUCUCUCACCAGCGGCAGCAACAGCAACAGUAGCAACGGCAGUAACUCAACGACUGCAGCUGGUGGUGGUGCGAAAUUGAUCGCCAGCAAGAGGCUGAAUGUAGAUGAUCACCAGCAUCAACAUCAUCACCAACAACAUCAUCAUCUAUCGUCAAAUUCUUCCUCGACGUCGUCAUCGCCCAUCACAGUGCCAACAGGACCGCCGUCAGCCGCCGUUGUCACCCAGAAGCCGCCUGUGCCACUGUCACGCGAAAGUCUCGCGGCCAAUGGCCACAAACCAACGGCGGCCACCAUUAACAGCAUCGGUAGUGGUACAGCCAAUCAUAAUAAUAUAAAUAAUCUUAAUAGUAGCAAUGCCAAUACUAGUGUUAAUAGCAACGGAAGCAAAGUAGUGAUAAAUGCCAACGUCGGCGGCAACGGUAACGCAAACGGCGAUUCGGAUAACGCCGCCGCCGUCGCCGUCGCUGCUGUUCCGACAGCAGCAACAGCAGCAGCAGCAGCAGUGAGUGCUAAUAGCAGUGUUUCAAGUGACGUGAAAACGGUGCAUCUAACCGCUCGCGAAAUCGAGAAAAAUCAAAUCAAUCUGGAGAAAUCGAGUGAAGAGUCGAUCAGUGCUACUGGUGCAAAUGUGGUAGUUUCGAAAGCGAACAACAAUAACAGCAGUGCUACUAGUGGUGAGGUCGGCGCAGGCGUCGGCUCGGCGGCGACGGCUACCGGUCCCACUGGUGGAGAUUUCUUCAUGGCCAAAUGGGGCUCCCCGGUAACGGCGGGGGCUGCGACGGCGACUGCGACGAUCGCUAGUCCCGUCAACAAUAACAACAUCAGCAGCAGCAACAACAGCAACAACAAUAGCCCCGGUGGUGCUGGUAAUCCACUGGUGGUUCCGGUUAAGAAAAAAGUUAAGGCACCACCGCCGCCCAUUGAAACCAACACAAUGGUAUUCAACUUCAGCGACCGAAAGGAUGUACCGGAUUACAUCGAAAACGAUGGGAUUAUACUGCGGCCGAGACCCCGAGAACUGCCCAAGCCCGGCGAGUCGGGUUUCGUGGUCCUGGGCGACCUAACGCUCGAAACCUCCACCGAUCCGGACGAUUCGUGGGCCUUGGGCCCACCGUCGCCAUGUGACGUUGAGUUCGAGAAUGCCAACAUUGUGAUCAACGGUAAAUCCAGUAUGAGAAACAAGACUAGUAAGGAUAGCAAGUUCAAAAUCCAAUUCGAUGACUCAUUAACAUCGACCUUUGAGUAUCCAUCGGAAAUAUCACUGCUGGAGACGAACGGCUUCGAAGAUGAUUCUCCCAGCGGGGCCAAAAGCCUGGGACUGCUGGAUGCUGCCAACGGUGAACCAUCCACGGGUGAUGUGGGAGGCGGUGGCGGCGGUGGUGGUGGAACCGGCGGUCUAGCCUUCGGAGAUAACGGACUGCUGUCGCACAAGAACAACCUGCUUUCGUCGAUGCCACUAGAACCCAGAAGACCGCUACUACGGAACGUCAUGCUCACGGCGGGUGGCGUUGCUGCUAAUGAGCAAUGGCGGCUGCGACGACGGCGACGUUUGGCAGCCUCCAACAGGCAUCACCUGCUGCGAUCGACAGUUUUUGCGGCUGACCUCAGCAGCAGCACCAGGGCGGGGGAGAAAGUCUUCGAAAACUUUUUAGCGCUUCGUAGCGGGCCAGUUGGUGGGGGCAGCGAGUCGUUCGUUUGAUUCCUCGGGCCAAGGGUCAAUCACGAAAUGGGGAGUGUGACUCCUUUCGCUAUACUUUAUGCUUGGGACGUUUAUUUAUUAUUGAACCACGACUUUGAAUUCCAUUAGUUCGAUUAGAGACUGAAUAGAUCUGCUAGAAUAAUAGCCUAAACUACGUAGCUCUAUUAAGUAGUCAAUUUUCUUGUUAUUUAAACAUCUUAUCGCAUCAUCUAGUUAGAAUUAUCAGAUUUAGGAAUAAAUUUGAACUUCUGUAGAAAUUUUAUACUUCGAUACUUAAAAUCAAAUUUAACAACACGCAAACAGGUGAGCAUUAGUGAUUAAUGUUAGAAGAAAACAUCACCCUACUUCAAUUGUUUAAUCGGAGUCAUUCAAGCUGUGAGACUAGUCGGUUAAAGUACACUAAUGAUUGGAGUCAUGAGAAUAGUCACACUAAAGACUGUCCCAGAAAGUAUGGACGCAACCAAAAACCGCUGCCAUUUCGCAAUGGUUCAGAAUCUGUCAAUUUUAUGGCUGCGUCCUGUUGUUUACGCUCUUCUCUAACCACUUGUGCAGUUGUUUAUUCGUUUUUUUUUUAUUUAUUUAUAUAUUUUAAUCAACAGACAAACUAAAGUCCUAAUGAUUAUUUCUAAGAAUAUUCAAAAAAUUCGCUUUUAUUCUGCUACGAGGAAAAUGGAAAUCGAAUCCCAUCGAUACGCCAUUGAAGGUUCGCUGCAAUCCAAUAACGGCACCGUUGAUUCCGUAGUUAGUACGACGUAGAGGCAUUCUGAGGAGGUUGUUGUUGCGAAGAGCUCUAGAACGAACGUUGAUGUUGAUUUCACUAAGUAGUGCAGGGCAAUCAAUAUUGUUCGUCAAAAUAUCGGCAAUCAGCAUUGCACGGAACAGAUCUCGGCGUACUUGUAGAGUAUCGAGUCCGAUGAGCAUCGCACGGCUUUCAUAACUAGGCAGCUGGUGAGGGUUAUUCCAGGGCAAACGACGAAGAGCGAAACGAACGAAUCUGCGCUGUAUUGAUUCAAGUCUUAAAGCUCCAUUAUGAAAGUGAGGGUUCCAUACUGACGAACAAUAUUCGAGUGUUGACCGUACAAGCGAGCAGUAGAGAGAUUUCAAACAAUAUAUAUCUGUGAAUUGCUUGGCGGUUCUCAUGACAAAUCCUAGACGAGAAGCUUUUGCCACGAUGUACGAAAUAUGCUGCUUGUAAUUCAAUUGUUCGUCGAGAAGAACGCCAAGAUCUUUGACACAAUUGACUCUAUCAAUCACUGAUCCUCGAAGACAAUAAUUGAAACGAAUUGGUGUUUUUUUUCGUGUGAAGGUGAUAAUCGAGCAUUUGCUGAUAUUUAGCGACAUUUUAUUAAUUUCACACCACUCGGAGAAAAUUUCAAGCUCACUUUGAAGGAGACAGGCAUCUUCAAGAGUCUUGAUAAUUUGGAAUAACUUUAGGUCGUCCGCGAAAGAUAAUCGUGCACCUUUCAAUGAAAAGUUCACGUCGUUGAAAUACAGUAGAAAUAUCAGUGGUCCGAGAUGACUGCCUUGUGGAAUACCAGAAAAAGCAAAAAACUCCUUGGAAACAUUUUCAUUGAUCUUAACCGCCAGCCGUCGAUUGCAAAGAUACGAUUGAAUCCACCGAAGAAUGUUGGAACCGAAGCCCAGUCUGUCCAAUUUGGCAAUAGUGAUAGCGUGAUUAAUUUUAUCAAAAGCAGCAGAGAGAUCCGUGUAGACAACGUCCGUUUGAUGACCUUUAGACAUAGCAUCCGUUAUAAACGUCGUGAAAGUUAGUAAGUUAGUGGCCGUUGAGCGUUUCGGCAUGAACCCGUGUUGAGUUUCAACGAUGUACUGCUUGCAGUGAUUAAAAAUAGGUUCCAAAACGAUAAGCUCAAACAAUUUAGGAAUGGCGCUAAGAGCGGUGAUACCACGGUAAUUGUCGACGUUCUUCUUGUCUCCUUUUUUGUGCACAGGAAACAUAUAAGCAGAUUUCCAGAUAUCAGGAAAUACUCCAGUCAUGAGUGACAGUCGGAACAGAAGACAUAGAGGUACUAUAAUACCACUAGAGCAUCGCUUCAAAAUAACUGCCGGGAUACCGUCGGGUCCAGCAGAGUAUGAAGACUUCAUUUUUGCGAUUGCUGUUUUUACGGAACUUGCGCUUAUGUUCAUUGAAUUCAUUGACUGUCCCAAAACGGGAACGUUAAGUGCCGCCUGGGUGAUUUGGGAAGGUGCUAAGAUUUCUCUAGAAAAUAUCUCAGAGAAUUUUCUCAUGAACAUUUCGCAAAUUUCCUGCAUGCUAGAACUUGUCUGUUCAUUGUAAAACAUAGAUGAAGGAAGAUCUGACUCCUUCCUUUGCUCGUUAACGUGCUUCCAGAAUGAUUUUGGAUUAGACUUUAAUCUCCUCUGUACACAGCGUAAAUAGUUGGCAUAGCAACGUUCAGCUGUCUUUUUGUAAACUUUGUUGAUUUCUACGUAGUUUCGCCGGAGCAACAAACCUCCGUUCUUAGAAUAUUUCUUUAGUGCUGUCCUUUUUAAACUUUUCAGUCGUCGUAGUUCUACGGUUUGCCACGGUACUUGUUCGGGUGGCUUACUAAUUUGUUUAGGGACAUAUUGGUCAAUAGCAUACAUCAGAACGUUGGAAAAUGUUUGAGCUGCAAGAUUAACAUCGCCAUUGUCAAGAAUUUCACUCCAGUCAAUGCUUGUAAGAAAUGCAAUAAUACUAUUGUGGUCAGCUCUUUUAAAAUUAUAUCUGACGAUGUGAGAUAUCUUGCAAUUGUUCAACGAUCGAUUCCAUUCAAGCCCAAUGUGCAGAGGAGGAUGAUGCCUAACGGACUUCACCAGAGGAGAGGGUGCUGCGCUGAUUUUAGGUGCACAGUCCGAGUUGCUUGAAAAACAUAGAUCGAGGAUUCUAUUGUGCUCAUUUUUAACGUGAUUUACUUGACGCAGUAAAUUAAAACUGUACCGGUCAAGCAAGUUGAUAAUACCAGCGUGAAACGAGGAAUGCAUUGGAUCUGCAAACAGAAAACCAUCGGAAGCUGUGAGCCAUUUCAGGCUUGGAAAGUUGAAAUCACCGACGAUAAGUAUUUCAUCUGCCGGAUGCAUAUGGGCAGCAAUGACAUCUUCUAAUGACUGAAUAUGCGAGUCAAUCAAUGAUAAAUCGCGAGUCCGAUUCGGUGGAAUAUAAACCACACAGAGAAACAACGAACAGUCGCUCAGUUUAAUUUGCACCCAUACCUGCUCGACACAACUCCCAGAUGCGCUAAUAAUUAGCCGUCCUUUCAAGCGGCGGUGAAUAGCAACGAGCACGCCACCACCGAAACUCUUCGAACUGUUGCAUGGGUUACGAUCGCCACGGAAAACUUCAUAAUUGGUGCCAAAUGCUUGCGUAGAGAGGGUACUAUCACUCAGCCAAGUUUCCGUUAACGCGAUAAUAUCAAAACAUUCAUCCGAACAAGCCAGUAAGUAAUCGGUCAGGCAUGUAUUCAUACCGCCGACGUUUUGGUAAUACAAUAGAACCGAUUGCGGGCUGGAAGCAGGAAAGAAGUCAAUGCCGGUAUUGUCCAAACGUUUUGUAUACUUGCCGGCGGUGGCGGGUUGGAAGACCUCAUCACCGAUCUCGCACACAGGACCGGGACGUCUGAUGAGCGCUGGCUGCAAUGGCUCGACUGUAGCGAGCGGGUCAGAGGCUUCCAUAAAACCAACUGCGGUGCGUCCCGGUGUCUGGAUUGAAAAAAUCGAACUGGAACCGGAAAACGAAUCAGCACAAGCAAAACUAGAAAUUGACGAAUACUUGCCAAGGUGGAAAGUUUGGAAGCCCCCUUCACCACAUCCGCCCGCAGGACCGGGACGACUGAAGAACGCUGGCUGCGGCGGCAGGACUGGGUCGGAGGGGUCGGAGGCUUCCACAUUGCCAUCAACAGUGCGUCCCAGUGUUCUGCAUUCAGUUAUUGCUGGACAGCUACGUCCGUUACUUCCGUUAAUGUAGGCGUUGGAGACGAAUUUGCAGGAGUAUGGUUCCGAAAUUUUUGAGUAGACUUUUCCUCGAAUUCUCGAAAAUAUAUACCUUGUGGCCAAGUUGCUGGAUCCAAAGCAACGGAUUCCAAAGCAGGAUCGAGGCCAACUUUAAACGAGACAAACGUCAUGUUGCUAAUGUCAGAACCUUUGGCAACCAACUUGACUACCACUGGAUCCUGAGUCAUUCCCAAAUUGGCACGUACCAUAGCGGAAAUGUCAUUGUUGGUGACAUCCGGGCGAAUGCGUGACAAAUACAACCAAAAUUUAUCAAUUGGUUGUUCACACACUGGAACACAAACGACACUUUCCCCUAUUUGUUUCGACCCGGUUUGACACGCAAAACCUUCGAGAUCAGGUCCGCGAGGCCUCUUGGCUGGACGACGAUAUUCAGAGGAUGGCCAGGGCCGAUUGAACGGUUUAGGUGCUUGUGGUGUUGGCUUGGACAACGAUUUGAUCUCGCUUUGUAGGCCGUUUAUUGCUUCCGUGAGUGACAUCAAUAGAGACUUUUCAUCUGCCGCUUUUGUAAUAGAUCGAAGAUGUGAAUUCUCGAAUAAAUUCGCACAGUCAUCACACAUCCAAAAGAGAUUUUUACGAUGCGUAGUGAAAUAGCCCAAAAGAGCACGGGAGACACCAGAACAUGCCAUAUGAAACAUACGACCGCAGUAUCCACGACAGACAACUGAGUCGAUGCCGGUGAUAACCUGGCAGCACUUGGCACAAUUCUUCUCCAUGCUUAUCUCAACGGCAGGAAAGCGCCUUUAACUAGGCUUCACACAGAACAGGGGUAUGCGGGGAGCUUGAUCGAGUCGGUUGCUUAUUGUUCAAAUCGCAGCACAGCGUAUAGCACUAGGCACAGAACGAAAGAAUGCAAAUCACUAUCCGAUUUACAGCUGACGGCCAAAAACAACACUUUAAACCGGUUCAGACAGCAAACGGUCAAUCACUCAUCAAAAACUUAAGCGAAACGAUUACGUAGAAACAACUUAAAAACGCAUAAAAUACGGACCGAAAAUCACAACAAACUCAAAUUGAACAGUGUUCCCAAAUACUUUUUUUUCAUUAGUUUGUUUCGAAAUGCGUGGACUUUCAGCAGAACAACGUCUAAAAAUUGCGAAAAUGCAAUCAGGAAGUUCGGUGAGGAUAACACCUUUGGGAAUAAACCGAAAACGGGCCGAAAAAAGGUCCUGCUAACCCUCAGUUGGAUAAACGUAUACUGAAGGCGUUCGAGCAAAAGAAGAAGUUCGGUAUGUGGCCAAAAAAGUGGGCACUUCGAAGUCAAAUGUUCUUCGUGCUAAAGAACGUUUGAAUCUUCGAACCUAGAAGAAGCAGAAACAACCAAUACGUAGUCCGAAACAAGAAGCAUCGAUCAGGCCGAGGGUUCGAAAGCUGUACAAUACGAUUUUUGCUGGAAGUUUGAACUGCAUUAUCAUGGACGACGAAACCUACGUGAAACUCGAUUACAAAUCCUUGCCAGGACCACAAUAUUAUACGGCGUGAGAAGGGCAAGCGUUAAACCAGUUCGAGACAUCGAUUGAAGUCGAAAGAUUUGGUAAGAAAGCUAUGGUCUGGCAAGCAAUUUGUAGCUGCGGUAAGAUUUCGAUUCCCUUCAUCACCACUGCUUCAAUGAACAGCGAAAUAUAGAUCAAGAAAUGUUUACAAAAACGACUUCUACCCAUGAUUCGAAGCCUGUUGUCUUCUGGCCAGAUCUUGCUUCUUGCCACUACUCGAAAUCAACGGUAGAAUGGUAUACUACAAAAAAUGUCACUUUCGUCCCAAAAGACAUGAAUCCACCAAAUUGCCCACAACUUCGACCAAUUGAGGAAUUUUGGGCAAUAAUAUUCUGUUGUUGUAGUCUAAUAUUAUCAGUAUAUCGAAUAAAUCGUUGUUGAAGUUGCUAUGAAACUUCAUCAAACACUAUUCUUUUCAACCGAACACGUUUUUUUUAUUUACUUGCAUAGCUAAAUACAAAAUACGAUCUCAGUUGAAAUUCCUGUAUCUGAAUACGUUCAGUUGCUUUGGGAACAAAGCAAUCAGGAGCGAUUUUUUUUCUCUCAACACUCCACGAGUUUCACAGUGGGCAACUGGGAACGAAUUUCACGUUGUAAUUCUUGUUCAGAAUUCAACUACCCAAAUAUCGGGCAACUAGUGGUAGAGCAUUCUCUACAUUAAUUGAGCUCUAGUUUUAUCUUUCGAUAAACAGACGCUUGACAACAAAAUCAGUUUGAAUAAUUAAGGGCUGAGGCCUGUGUGUUUUAGGGCGUUUUAGAGGGCCACUUUCACGCUUCAAAUCUGAUUUUCUCAGACACCCAACUGACGAUCUCUUAGAAAAUUAGUUUAGAUUAUUCUGUGAAAAUUUCAGAAUGAUUCAUUGACUUUAACGGUCGAGAAAGUCUUUUUUCUGAAGGAAAAAUUGCAUACCCGAAAACGCCGUCUUUCAACUUGUUCAUUGAAUAUCUCGCCUUUAAAAGCAUGGAUUAAAAAUCUAUCCUGACAAUGUCUAGAUAAUCUAAUUUCGAAGCGAUUGAUGAAGUGAAUGUUAUUUCUGUGAAGAUAAAUCGAUUUCUAUGGCGGCGCCAUUGUUUUCUGCUCUUGUUUCCUAGUAACGUAACGAAACAUGAGAGAGAGAAAUAAAAUCGGCUCAGCAAGGCUGCCAAACAAGCGGUAGUUUUAUUGGAUUUUAUGUGAUGUAGUUAAACGUGUAACCUAAAAUAUCACAACUUUCUUGGCCACCCGGCCACAUCGAGAGUCAUUUUGCACAUUUGUGA